AUGAUGGCAUCCCAGCCCCCAAAAGUUCACGAUCCAAUGUAUAAUUUCGACACUCAUUUUCCGGAGCGUCUGUCUAGGCUACAUCUUCAUGGUGAUUUCAACCUGUCGGGGUCUUUUCGGAAGAAAAAGAAUAAAACUCAGCGAAGUGGUGCAAGGUACAAGACUCAGCCGGUAACUUUUGACGAAAUUACAGAAGUUGACGAAGAACCCUCUGCCUCUGGGGGAGCUGAGAAGGAAACAGGCCCCGAUCAGCUAAAAGGACAGCUACAGGCGUUUUCCCGAUCAAUGGAUGGGUUGUUACCAAAAGGGGUCGGUGUGGAUCAUUCACCCCAGUUUCAACAUCACAUCUCCCACUCAAGAUCGGGAUCCAGGAAGUUUCAAAGACACCCGGAGUGUAUUCCAGAGCGAGUCGAUCUCGAGCAGCAGCAGUCCCCAACUCCACAGCCAGACACGGCAGAAAACAGACUACAGCAACCAAAGUUCCCCGUAAUACAACCUUCAACUAGCAAAGAUGCCACUCCUGCUUCUUUUUUGAUCCCAGCAGACGGACAUGGAACUGAAGCCAAUCUGGCAACUACCCCACCCGUGCCUUCUCCUAAUAUUGGCCAGCGUCGCCAGAAGGUUACAGCAAAAGCAAAGAAACGCCAAAAGGCACUUGAAGACAGUGACGUUUUAUGA